CACCGCCGCCUGCGUCGUCGUCCCGGGCACGCACACCCACACGGCACGAGCACAGUGCCUGACCCACCACCCACCUGCUUCUUCCCCUCCUCCGCGGCGUCGAGCAGAUCGAUCACACGGUGAUCGACUCCGCCAUUGUUAGAGGCGAUCGAGCUAGAGAGAGAGAGAGAGAGAGAGGAGGAGGAAGAGGGAGGGGAGCGGAUUCUGUAUCGACGAUGCAGGUUGCUAGGAUUGCGAGAAGGGGGCUGUCGAGGCUCGCCGCGGCGGUGGAGACGGCGGCCGUGCCGAGAAUGCCGGCCUUCGACCACGUGCCGCUCCCCUACGACGGCCCGUCCGCCGCCGAGAUCGCCCGGAAGCGCGCCGAGUUCCUCAGCCCGUCCCUCUUCCACUUCUAUUCCAAUCCACUCAACAUCGUGGAAGGGAAGAUGCAGUACCUGUACGACGAGCGCGGGCGGCGCUACCUGGACGCGUUCGCCGGCAUCGCCACCGUGUGCUGCGGCCACUGCCACCCGGACGUCGUCGACGCGGUCGCCGCGCAGGCCAGGCGCCUGCAGCACUCCACCGUGCUCUACCUCAACCACGCCAUCGCCGACUUCGCCGAGGCGCUCGCCUCCAAGAUGCCCGGCGACCUCAAGGUUGUGUUCUUCACCAACUCCGGCACGGAGGCGAACGAGCUCGCCAUCAUGAUGGCGCGGCUGUACACCGGCUCCCACGACAUCAUAUCGCUCCGGAACUCCUACCACGGCAAUGCCGCCGGCACCAUGGGCGCCACCGCGCAGAAGAACUGGAAGUUCAGCGUCGUCCAGAGCGGCGUGCACCACGCCGUGAACCCGGACCCGUACAGGGGCGCCUUCGGCUCCGACGCCGACAAGUACGUGCGCGACGUGCAGGAGAUCAUCGAGUUCGGCACGACCGGCCAGGUCGCCGGCUUCAUAUCGGAAGCGAUACAGGGAGUAGGCGGGAUCGUGGAGCUGUCGCCGGGGUACCUGCCGCUGGCGUACGAGAAGGUCCGGAAUGCCGGGGGCCUCUGCAUCGCCGACGAGGUCCAGGCGGGCUUCGCCCGCGUCGGCAGCCACUUCUGGGGGUUCGAGACCCACGGCGUCGUCCCCGACAUAGUCACCAUGGCGAAGGGUAUCGGCAACGGCAUCCCGCUGGGCGCGGUGGUGACGACGCCGGAGAUCGCGCAGGUGCUGACCCGGCGGUGCUACUUCAACACGUUCGGCGGCAACCCGCUGUGCACCGCCGGCGGGCUCGCCGUCCUCCGUGUGCUCGAGAAGGAGGGUCUCCAGGAGAACGCCCACGCCGUCGGCUCCUACCUCAAGGACCGCCUCCGCGCUCUCCAGGACAAGCACGAAAUCAUCGGCGACGUGAGGGGGACGGGUUUCAUGCUCGGAGUCGAGCUGGUCACCGACCGGCAGCUCAAGACGCCGGCGAAAGACGAGAUCUGCCACGCCAUGGAGCACAUGAAAGACAUGGGCGUCUUGGUCGGCAAGGGCGGCUUCUACGGAAACGUCUUCAGGAUCACUCCCCCUCUGUGCUUCACCAAGGAGGAUGCCGAUUUCUUCGUCUCCGUGAUGGAUGCUGCGCUCUCCAAGCUCUGAAGACCUGCUUUACCAGGAGAGUGUUCCCUGCCACAGAAACCACAAGCACCACAGACGGUUCAGAACUUUCACCAGAGACGCAUGGCUUUCGAUGAUGAGCCGUUCAGUAAACCGUUCACUCGUCGAUGGCUCGAUGCGUUGACCUCCCAGGGUCAAAUGUUUACCCUAGCUAUAGGCCCCUCGUAGAGAAAAUCAUAGAAACCUCUUUCCCUGAUGAUGGUCGAGUCCAAGUAGGUCUACAAGGUCAUGCCAAAGUCGAUAUCAUAUAUAUUUUUGAAUCAUAUACCUGUAGAAUGGAAUUACUUCCGUGUAAUAGGCAUAUUAUACUGUAAUUAAUAUACAUAUGCUCAGUUUUAUUUUGCAAAAAAAGCAUGAUUAAUAUCUAUGUUAUCAUGCAUAUAACAAAAAGACCCAUCUGACAGAAGAAACAUGGGGUCUCCACUUUUCAAUCACCUGUAAAAUAGCAUAAACCUUAGUCACUUUCAGACAGUUUGGGUCGUCCCAAGAUUAAAAUAUGCUUUUUGGGGGAGAUUAAUAUACCUAUACAUACAUGGAAAUAACUCUA